AUGGAACCAGCCAGUCUUGCUGUCGGCAUUGUUGCCCUUGCUACCACUUUCAACAACGCUGUCGAUUGCUUUGAGUACGUCCAACUUGGUCGUGCUUUCGGUAACGACUUCCAAACCAGUUUGAUAAGGCUGGGAAAUGAGAGACUGCGAGUCUCGCGUUGGGGACAGGCUGUUGGGCUGAGUGGCGACAUCAAGAACGCCUCCAACGUCAUGCUAGCAACUGCACCACCAGAGGACGUGACCGCAGCCAAUAAGGUGCUGAAACAGAUACUGGGGCUCUUUGCAGAAGCUGAGAGGGUCUCAGCCAAAUACACCAACCGCACGGGAGAAGCUGAUCAAAGCCUCGCGACUCUGGACUCAGCUACUGACAUGGAUCCUGUGGGUCAGUCGCUAGUCGCGCAGAUGCGCACCCUGUCUAUCAAUCGCCAAAACAAAACGCCUCUGACAAGAAAGGCAAAGUGGGCAUUGUAUGAGAAGAAACAAUUCAACGAGUUGAUCCAAGAUAUAGCCAACCUUGUCAAGGAUCUUGUGCAAUUGUUUCCUGCGGCGCACGAAGAACGGCGGCGGCUGUGCAGGUCGGAAGUGUCUGAGAUCAAGUCCAGUGAUGCUCGUCUUGCCCUGAAGGAUGUCGCAGCAUUAGAAGACAAAGAACUUGAAGAAGCAAUCGUCGAAGCCUCUGAAUCGGAGGAUCACAAGUCGCCAACAUUCAACAACCAUGAUUCCAGGGUUGGUAUGCAAGCUGGUGUGAUCAACAACUCUGGUACUCAGGCCUUCAAUUUUUAG